GCAUGAUCCCAUGCAGACACCUUCAGAUUGAGAGCUGUGACGUCAAGAACUGUAAGACAAUACAAACAGAGUUACAAUGGAUGAAAUUCCUGUGCUGGCUGAGUUGGAGGAGGAGGAGUUGGAGGAGGUGGAAGAGUUGGAGGAGAUGGAGGGGGCUUGUGGAGGAGAACCUAGAGGUCUUACCUUGAAAGAGUCCUAUGUCGAUGUUACUCUUGAAGAAGAUCAAGAAGACAGACCUCUACUUGAUGUACCUACAGCCCCUACAUUAAGAUUGACGAUGACCAUAGACUCCAAUAAAACUAACCAACCAGUGGUAACUGUUGAACAGGAAAACAUCCAUGCUCAAUCAGGAAAAUGCUAUUCCUAUCUGUCAUUGUUUCAACAGUUUGAGUUUUUGUUGCUCUUAAGUUUCAAGAUAACUGUUCACAUUAAAAUGAAUGGUACUGUCAGAAAAUUCAAAGGAUAUUUAGCUGUACUGAAUGUACAAGCUCUGCGGACCUUUUGCAAACCUUUGAUAGAAAAAGAAGGAAUAGACUAUGAACUCAAAACAAAAGAUAAGCAUUUCCUCGAUAUGAUCAAGAAAACACUAUUUUUGAACCUUAUCGAAAAGGAGAAUGGUACACCCGUUCAUCCUCGACAGGAACCAAAUGUUCCUCACCCUUGUGUAAAUGCAAGCACACUUUCUUCCAUUCUGAAAAUGGCAUUGGUUGUGAAUAUGACCAGAGUAAAGGACUUUUUUUUACUACAAGCUGUAAUCCCGACUGACUUUACCAAAUUGAGGCCCGUACUGGUAGGAAUAAGGUCAAGAUCAAAAACGAUGUCAAGACUGGACGCGUCGGACAUCUUUAGCUUUCUACUCUGGCCUUCUGGCAUCUGUAACACUGCCAAAGACCUGUAUACCAAGGGCUUCCAUUGCCUCAAUUCUGCCAGAAAAUGUGUACAGUGCCUGUCCUGUGGAAAGAUUCUUGAACUGUGUCAAGAUUCUGAAGCAGACGUCUGCUGCUCCCUAAGGCGAGUGCUAAAUUUUGAUGGACCCAUGUAUGUAGAGAGCAUACAGACAUACUUGCAGUCAAUGUCAAGAUUGUUUUCCCACCCACCAUCUCUCCACUUACAACCAGAACUGGAAAACUGCUUAGCGGAUCAAUACCUGAAUCCAUCCACAUCAGCUGAUGUGGAACAAUUCAGUGAAUCUGGACUUAUCCCGACAGGAAUUGCUGACACUUAUCGCUGCUUUUCAUGUGGUGUCCAGCUCAGGAACUGGCAGGGGUCACAUAACCCCAUUCUCACACAUGCAGCUGUCAGCAUGCACUGUCAGCACCUUCUGAAGACUUGUGGCCCUCAGUUCCUCCAUCUUUUGCGUGAAAGCCUCCUACAGGCUGGUAUGACUCUCCCUGGCUACAUUGGACAGCACUUUGUUCAGCACUAUGACUUUCGUCACAAGAGUGGGAGGGAACAAACCUGGACAACCAGCUCACUGUGUUCUUUCAAUGUGGGGAGGAAAUGGUCUGAUGGUGGAUUUUUCAUAGAAAAUGGACACUGCUAUGAGAAAGCUGUUUGUUUCUGCUGUGGAAUCAAACUGGUCAAUAUCAGAGAAAAUGAUGACCCCUGGGCAGUGCAUUUCAGUUACCAGCCAAAUUGCCCCUUCUUGUUGGAAAGCAAGCCAGAGUAUUUUCGUAUUAGGGCCCGAUGUCGGCCGCUGACAAGAGAGCAGAUAAAGCGGUUUGCAGAACCUACUGGGCAUCACCGAGAAACCGAGGUUACCAGUGACAUAAGACUGAGGAUAAAGGGUAUCCUUGAUGGGAUUGACAGUUCCUCCUUUCUUGAGACAGAAAAAGUCAGGUGCUUGUUGGCUGAUCCUCCUCAGGGCCAAGCCUCGAGAGACGAUAGAGAAGUAGAAUUGAGGAUACUGGAGGAGAAUGCAGCUAUGAAGAAACAACAGCAGUGUCGAGAUUGUGAGAAAAAGGAGAGAGCUGUUGUUUUCCUACCAUGUGGACAUUUCAUUUGCUGUGAGGAUUGUGCUCGAGCAUUUGAAAAAUGUCCACUUCCAUCUUGCCAAGCUGUAAUCGAAAGUAGCAUCAAAACAAAUGUCUGAGCUACAUGACUGCACAUGGUCAAUGGAAAACACUGACGCAAUCCUGCUAGUUAUAAUCAAAACCAAAUUAAAGGGAGGUUACUGUAUACUGUAUAACAUGAAAUGUUCUUUGUAUAUAAACAUUCAUGGUUUUCGUGGUUGC